AUUAUUAUUUUUUUUUCUUUUUGUGUUGAUUUCUUCAAGGGAAAGCCGAAAGAGCCACCAAUCCAACCUCAGCAGCUCGUAACGCCGUCGCUAUCUUUUCACUUACAGAUUAUUUUUUCGCUUUUCGCGCCCGUCGCACAAGCAAGCACGACGAACCGAGUCCGCUCAUCGGUUUUCAAGUCCGACGCCAAGAUAUUCACGCUUGUUCUGCGAAUACAACAAAUCGCCGCAAUCCAAAAUUAUUAUAUCCCAUAGUUCUCACUGAUUCUCGCAUAGUCAUCGCUCCACGCGCGUAAGACACCUCAGUUUGUUGUAGUCUGCGUCGCCGUAGUCGUCUCAACAGUUUACCCCGUUUUUCGAUUGGUUUGGCGCACGUUUACGAUCGCACGCCGCCGUCGGUUCCGUUUAAAAAAAACCGAUUUCUUGGUCAAGUUUUGAUGCUCAACUACCUUUGAGUACCUAAAUAUCAAUUGAUAAAAAUGGUUGCUGACAGUUGCCCAAACCCACAGAGUGUGGGACGUGAAUUUGUCCGUCAAUAUUAUACUAUGUUGAAUCAAUCCCCUCAUUACAUGCAUAGAUUCUAUAGUAGCGAUUCAUAUUUUGUUCAUGGAGGUUUGGAACCAUAUAGCAGGGACAUGACUCCCAGUAUUGGCCAAAAAGAUAUUCAUAAACGAGUUCAAGAAUUGAAUUUUCGUGACUGUCAUGCUAAGAUCUUACAAGUUGAUUCCCAGAAUACUCUUGGAAAUGGUGUGGUUGUCCACGUCACUGGUGAAUUAUCUAACUGUGGGCAACCAAUGCGUCGUUUUGCUCAAACGUUUGUAUUGGCAGCUCAGUCCCCUAAGAAGUAUUAUGUUCAUAAUGACAUUUUUCGUUAUCAGGAUGUGAUGUUUAAUGAAGAUGAUGUGAAUGAUGAAGCAGAUUCUGGACAAUCAGAUGGUGAAGAAAACGGGGAAGUUGAACAAUCUCCUGUCACUCAACAACCUCAGCAUCAAGUAAAUUAUUACAAUACUACAACUCAAGGACAGACUUUAAAUGGAGUUGCUUUGAAUGUCAUACCUACUUCGGUCCCAGUACAGCAGUUGCUGCCUGAGCAAAUCCCUGUUCAAGUUCAACAACAUAUUCCAACUGUUACUGCUCCAGUACAAAAUUCGACGCCUACUGUACUACCCCCCAGUAAUAAUGUGUCUAGAACUCAACCUUCAUACAACCAAACCCAAAUAUUGACAGAACAACCUAAAAUUCAGCAUCAAGAAGAACCUACAAAUCAUAAUGUGGAUAUAAAAGAAAAUCAAGAACCUAUUAAGAAGGAUAUACCGAUUACUGAAGCUGUUUCACCUGGAGAUCAACCAAAACCAUUAUAUGCACAGCUCUUUAAAUCAGGUGGACGAUCAACAGAGACUCAUACUGAAGCCCCUCCACCAGUUUCUGUACAGACACAAAAUUACUCAUCGCCUUUACCUAAAGCAACUUCACCGGUUCGAAAUAAUGAUUAUUCAAGCAAUGCCUUCCCUAAUAACCAGUAUGAGCAGAGAGGCAAUGUUAAUAGAAAUGUGAGAAACAACUAUAAUGGUAGAGGUGGUGGAGUUGGUGGAAGAAAUUUGAAUGAUAGACCUAGCAGAAAUUCUUUUAACAAUCGUGAAAAUGGAUACAACAGUGGUCCUGGUAACGACCCGAGGAUUAACAGAGGUAACCAAUCAGGGUCUUACAAUGGUAUGUUCCAAUCUGAUGAACAACAAUUGUUCAUUGGAAAAAUCCCUCCCGAGGUUCAAGAAAGUGACUUACGUAACUUAUUCGAAAAGUUUGGUAAUUUGUUGGAUGUACGGAUAAUGAAGGGUGGCAGCAAAACUGGUGAUCCGUCUAUGAAUGGCAACUUUGGUUUUGUCAUUUUUGAAAGUAUAGAUACGGCACAUAAAGUAUUAAAGAGUCGACCUAUCAUGCUUCCUGGUGAAAAUGGCAUCAAGUUGAAUGUUGAAGAAAAGAAAAACAAGUCCAGAAGUUCAAUGGUGAAUUCAGAUGGUGGCGCCGGCGGUGGUGGUAGUAGUGGUGGUGGUAGUGGUGGUGGUUUAGGUCGUGGUGGUAUGCGUGCUGGCAACAAUCGUGGAGGUUUCAAUAGGAACCAGAAUGAUGGACCUAGAAACAACAACUUUAGGCGUCAAAAUUAAUAGUAAUAAUAAUAAUAAAAAUUAAGUAUAUUUAAAAAAAAGAACUUCAAUAAAUACUCAAGAUGACCAGAAAAAUCCCUAAUAAAGACGCUGUUCAGAAUUUAAGAGAGACUACAAUUUUAUACUGUUUUUUUUCUAGGUAGCUUCAAAUUGUAUUUCCUCUGCAUUUAUGAAUCUACUUCCUACUAUGUAUCCAUUUUUAUAGUGUUAUACUUCAAAGUAUUGACUUGUCCAUAAAAUAUAAAUCAUAUGUCAUGUAUUGAAUCGCAAACCUAGUCAAGCAAACUUUUUCAACAUUGUUUUAAAUAUCUUUUUUCAGUUCACAAAUACUAUAAGUAUUGUUUUUAUUUAAAAUAAGUCAUUUAUUCUUCACCUAAAUUAAAAUCAUAAUUAUUUGUUUUGUAAAAAUAUAAUAUAUUUUAAAACAGGAUGAAUUAAAAAAAAAAAUUUAUACAAAUUCAAUUAAUAACUUUUUUUAAUCAUUCUGUUUUAUAUAUAAAUACAUAGAUUAGGUUAUUUUCUACCUAAUCUAAACUAUUUUCAACUAUCUCCUUAAUUUAUUAUUAUUAUUAUUAUUAUUAUAAUUUUUUUUUUUUUUUAAUAAUGCUAAACCUUGUAAUUUAGUUGUAUAUUUUAUAUGAUGUACAUAAGUGCUGAAUUCCAGCAACAACGCUUAAGUACAAUGCCCAUUUAUGUAAUUUUGAUAAGACUAAAAAUAGGCUAUCAGUUAUUUAGUAGGGCUUCCUUGACAAUAGGAAUUACAAUGAAGAUUUUAUGAUGUCAGUAUAAUAUAUUAUGAUUUAUA